AUGGGACAACGAUGCAGCAAAUCUAAAAAACCUACAUCUUCCGCACAAAAAUGCAAACCCCAGAAAAAAAGUUGGACCCAAGAUGAAUGGAAAAUUCACGGACGAUAUCUGACCCAGCUGGCGAAACCAAAAAAGGACCACAGACAGCAGAAGAUUGCACAAACCGCGCGCUCGCAAAAGGUUCCCCUAAGUGCGCUGAAACCUCGCAUGAACACGCUGGCCCAACCGAGGACGACUCAUUUACAGCACACGUGUAAAUUACCGCCGAACAAAUGCCACUGCCACGUCGCCGAUCCAAUUCGGAACGUACAGCCGCAGGCUAAAAACUACGUUCCGACACCCAGAAUCAAAAUGCUAAGUCAGCCCAAGCUAGACUAUCAGGAGAUGGUCCGGUGCUUCCCUAGGAAGAACGUGGUGUGCCUCAACCGGAAAGUUCUUCAACCGAGCUCUAGCUAUCGGAUCAAGAAACUGGCAGUCCCAAAGUACCAGUAUCUUUGCGCUCCCGAUAGUAAUCCGUACGGCGUUAAACCAGAAGCAUUGAAUGCGGUGGCCACCGAGCGCACGGUACAGCUGGCCCAACCGAAAAGUUACUCCUGGAUUGGAUAA